AUGUUCUCUGUUCCGUUUCUCACCUCACUUACCAAUCAUCUGGGAACCACUGCAAUCGAUGAUGCAAGUGACAGUCUCUCGUGUCUCAUCAGUGCUUUUCUCUUCAUCAUCGCCUCCAUUCUGACUUCUGCGAAGACGUAUGUCGGAUCCGCAAUGGAGUGUUGGGUUCCCCAAACCUACUCCGGUGAAUGGGGAGAAUUCGCCGAGAACUACUGCUUCUUGAAAGACACUUACUGGUAUCCGGUCAAAGAAGAGAUGAUUGAGAUUCCCGAUUACCACAAGGAACGUCAUCGUCUCUCCUACUAUCAAUGGUCGAGUAUGUACAUGGCAAUGGCUGGAAUCGCCUUCAUGAUCCCCAAAUUUCUCUGGAAGAUGGCUCAAUCCUACACCGAUAUGUCAUUGAUCUAUUUCUGUGAUACUGCCAAUACAAUCCGUACUGAAACUGCUGAGAAGAGACGAGAGAAAGUGAAAGAGAUGGCCACAUUCAUGCAUGCCAAGCUCACUUCCGUCCAUGCUCCAUCCUGUUUCACCACUAUUCCAAUGUACAUUGUCUACGGAAUCAUCAAAGUUCUCUACCUUGUCAUUGCGUGUGUUCAAUUCUGUGCCCUCGGAUACUUUCUUGGACAAAAGAAAGAUUUAUUCUGGGGAUGGACUCUUUUCUGGAAUCUGAUGAAUGGUGUCACCUGGGAGACCACUGGAUUGUUUCCUCGUCUCACUUUUUGUGACUUCACAGUUCGUGAAAUGGCUGGAAACAAUCGUGAAGAGACCAUUCAAUGUGUCAUCGGAAUCAACGAGUUCAACGAGAAAAUCUUCCUUUUCCUUUGGUUCUGGCUCGUUUUCCUGCUUUUCUCCACCCUCGUCGCUCACAUCUUCAACGCCGUUCAAUUCUCCAAAUCCUACUUUAUCAACAGCCUUCUUCAUUCCACUCGUAAAAACGAUAAGAGCAUUACCAAGGCGUUGUUCCAACAGUUCGAAAGGGAGUACCUCACCAAAGACGGAAAACUCAUUUUGAGCUUUGUGAAGUCGCAGAGUGACCUGGUUGCGCAGGAAGUUGCUGUCGAGAUGUUCCAAGACUUUUUAAAGACCAAGCCGUCUCGUCUCCGUAUCCACGACGUCACCAAGAAAGAUCUUGAGAAUGGAGUCGACAACUUGAAGGACACCGUCGCAGUCAGCGUCUAA